AUGACCAAACAAAGGUUACUAUUAGUGAAUAGUAGUGGAGAUGUUUUCGCUCUUAAUACUGAGAAGAAAUAUUUUAGAGAGCUCGGAAAAAGUACUGAUGGUUUAAAGCUAAAAAGAGUAUCAGCUGUUGAGUUUGGUUGUUGGGGUAUUGGUCAUGAUCAACAUGUUUAUGUUUAUAUUUAUUCAUCUGAUGUACCCAUUAGGGUAGCAGAGACAACAUUUGAAAAUCAGAGAUGGUCACCGUGGGGUGGUUUUACUCAUAAAAAUCUGCUACCAUCUGAUAGAAAGAGUUGGAGUAAUGAGACAGGAGAUAAACAUAUGACACGGAAUGACUUUCCUUUACCUUCUGAGUAUUGGGAAUGGGAGGGGGAUUGGUUUAUUGAUGAGAAUUUUAAAGGAGAAAUUACUGAUCGAGGGGGUUGGCAGUAUGCCUCAGACUUUCCACGUCAAUACUCUCCUGAACCAAAAACAUUUUCAAUGGUUAGAAGAAGAAAAUGGCUCAGGUUUAGGAGAUAUGUUGCUAGGGAAAAAUGGGCCAAGAUAAGUUAUAGUGAUAAAAUGGAAGAUGGCGGAACAUUUAUAGAUGUUAGUGUUGGAGGUUUUCAGUUACCAGGACAACCAGCAGGCUUUCUUAGUAUUUGGGCUGUAACAGUUAAUGGAAAGGUGUAUGUAAGAGAGAAUGUAUGUGAAGAAUGUCCAGAAGGUACUAAAUGGAGAUUAGUAUCGACUGAUGAUACCAGUGUUAUAAAUAUAUCUGUUGGACCAACUGGUUUAGUUUGGGCUGUAACCUGGGAUGGUUUAGUAUUAGUUAGAUUAGGUGUUAGUAGAGAUAAUGUUUAUGGUUCAUCAUGGAGUGAGAUUCCAUAUCCUACUAAUGAAACUAGAAUGAUGCAAGUAGCUGUAGGUAAUAAUACUGUAUGGGCAUUAAGUCGUGAUGGUAUUAUUUGGUUUAGAAAGGGAAUUAAUGGAGAUAAUGCUUGGUUUAAUAAUCAAUCUGCUAUUGGUAGUUGCUGGAUAGAAAUGGUUGGUUCUUUAUGUCAUAUAUCAGUCACACCAAACGACCAGGCGAGUGUAUUUGGUAUUGGAUUAAAUGAUAGGAAACCAUAUUUUAGAUCAGGGGUCAAUACUAGUGAUUUAGGUGGUAAAACAUGGCAGUUACUAAUGUUAAGAGAAGAUCUGUCUAAAUUAAGUCAUGCUGAUUCUUCUUUUCAAUCAUUAGAUGAUGAAGAUACAUCAUCUGAUUAUCAGAGUAGUGUAUCAUUACGUGGUACACCUGUCAGUGUCUCCAGUAUCACCAAUUCCAAAGAUUCUAAAAAUAAUACCAUGAAAUCAAUCAAACCACUAAAAGCUACUAGUCUUUCAAAACCAGAUCUCUCUAAGUCUAAAACUGAAACCAAGAAUACUAUUAAAGUUUCAAACCAAAGUGAGUGCGAAUCUACAAAAUCAAAAAAUCAUAAAAGUAUGGGUAUUUAUAACAUUGACAGUAUGGAAUUGAAAUCAACAAUUACCAUGAAUCCUAGUACAAGUAAUAUAUCAGAAACUUCUGAUGAGGUAUUUACAAUGUGUACUAUUACUCCUGCUAUGCCUAGAUAUUUCUGGGUAUGGUUUAGUGCAAUGGGAUGUUAUAUUGAUGAACCGACUAAUGUAAGAUGGUUACAAACAAGAAGAGGUAAGUUUCAUUCCAUGUAUAGUUUUAGUUUAAACCAAAACAUCACAAAAAGAAUAUCACCGUAUAUUAGAAAUGUUAUACUAGAAAGAUUAUAUCAGAGAAACAGAACAGAAAUACAACAGUUUCAAUAUUUAGAAAAUGCUGUAGAUAAGUCAUCAUGGUUAAAGAAAUCUAGUAUGAAAUGGUAUAGAUAUGGAUAUAGAAAUAGAUGGGAAGAUGUUACAGUAGAAUUAGAACAUAGUUUACAAGAUAAUGAUAGUGGUAUAAUAACCAUACAUUACUGUCCUAGAGGAAAACCAGUUAAUAUGCAGAUAAGUUUUAGUGAUAUCACUUGUAUAAAGAGGAUAGCUGAUCCAUCAGCUCAGUCUGUAUUUCAAAUACAUACAGCUGAUACUACCUGUAAAAAUCAACCUUAUUUAUUAAUGACUUCUUCAGAAUCAGACACUGAUGAGUGGCUUUCAACUCUACUAACAGCCAAUAGUCAUUUAUGGAAGAUAAAACAAACGAUAGAUAAAGAUAGUAUAUGUUCAACAACAUUACGUGGUGAUGUUUUUAUACAUCAACCAUAUAAAACAUAUACUAAACCUUAUGAAAUGUUAUGGUGUCAACAAGGUGGUCAUUUUAAAAGAAUUGAAACUUGUGUUAAUGGUAUAACAUGGGCUGUAGGCUAUGAUCAUACAACCUGGGUUUAUAAUCAGGGUUAUGGUGGUGGAUUAUUUAGAGCAACAUCAGCCAUGUCAAAAGAAUGUUAUCAACAAACAGACACACGAACAAUUUCUACGUAUGAAAAUCAGAAAUGGUAUCCUGUUAUAGGCUAUACUAACAAAGGAUUUUUAACUGAUUGUUAUGAAUGGAGUGAUAGUACAGGUAUUCAAGAUAAAAAUAAAGAAAGUAUUAAAUUACCAUCUAGUAACUGGCACUGGUCUGGUGAUUGGAGUGUAGAUUUUAGUGGUCAGGUUGAUCAAGAAGGGUGGCAAUAUUCAGGUAACUUUAACAAACCAUUUCAUCAACAACCUGGUUUAAGAGACGGUGUAAGAAGAAGAAGAUGGAUUAGAAAGUGUAAAUUAAAUACAGUGGGACCGUGGAAUAAACUAGGUUCUACUAAUAUAAAAGAUGUAACUAUACAGUUAGAUACUAUAUCAUCAACUAUCUCACCUGUUAUAAUCUGGGCUGUAGGAAGUAAUGGUAAUGUUUUAUGUAGACUUGGUGUUACUAUUCAUAAUCAUCAGGGUGAUAAUUGGAUAGAUAUACCAACAGAUUUACCAUUUACCUCAGUAUCUAUUGGUGGUAAUAAUAGAGCUUGGGGUAUAGCUAUUGAUGGUUCAGUUUAUUACCGACCUGGAGUUACUAGUACUAAUCCUAGUGGUCAAUGUUGGUUACAAGUUAUACCAACACCACCACAAGGUUCUACAUUACAUCUUAUAUCAGUUGGUGAAACAGCAGUCUGGGCUGUUGACACUAAAGGUAAUUUAUGGUACCGAGAACAAAUAACACCUACAUAUCCUGAAGGUACUAGAUGGUGUUACGUCUGUAAUAAAGUGAAACACGUAUCAGUUGGGCAUAAUGAUGAGGUAUGGAUAGUUAGUUUACCUAAUUUUGGUAAGUUUAAACAUGGUACUGGUAUGGUAUAUAAAAGAUUAGGAAUUACAACUGAAAGACCUAUGGGCACUGGUUGGGACAGAGUUAUUGGGGAUGGUUGGCAGUAUGUCAGUAUAAGAGGUUAUAUUCAAAAGUACAUUGAAACAGAAGAAAGUUAGUGACAGUUCAAGUUAUCUAAACCAUAUAAUGUGAUCUUCAAAUUUCAUUCUUUGUUUAAUCACCGUAAUAUUUGAUGCAUUCAUCAAUAUUUUGUGUGUUUGAUAUGGGUAGAAUUGAUUAAGUAAUAUGGUUUGGUGUUAUGGUAUAAAAUAGUAAUAUGGUAUAGUUAAAGGGACAGAUGGGCCAUUGGAUAUGCAUAUAUGUUAAUAGUUUUGAGAUGUACUAGAAAUGUACGAAAAUUGCAAAAUUCCUUCAAAAAAAAAAAA